GAGGAGGAGGAGGAAGUCGGGGCUGAGCCGCUUCCUGUAGGCAGCGGGAUGAGCGCAGACAAAGCUGGGUGGGGACUCGCCGCUCGGGGCUGCUGCUGACCACCAUCCUCCUUCUCCUCCUCCUCCUCCUCCUGCUGCUGCUGCUGCUGCGGCCGCGUCCCCCCGGCCCUCCCUCCUCCAUCCCAGCGUCCGUCCGUCCGUCCGUCCAUCCAUCCCUCUGUCCGUCUGUCCGUCCCGCCGCCGCCCGCCCCGCGGGGAACCGGGGCACCGCUUCCAGGGCAGUGAAGGGCCAAGAGGAGCAGAGCUUCCCUUAGAGGCACAGAUCAGCGGAGAGAUCAGCUUCUGCCCAUCCUGAGAGCCCUCCUGGCCUGCCCAUGGCUAGCAACAACACUGCUAGCAUAGCACAGGCCCGCAAGCUGGUGGAGCAGCUGAAGAUGGAGGCCAACAUCGACAGGAUAAAGGUGUCCAAAGCAGCAGCAGACCUGAUGGCGUACUGUGAAGCCCACGCCAAGGAGGACCCUCUAUUGACCCCCGUCCCGGCCUCAGAAAACCCCUUUAGAGAGAAGAAGUUCUUCUGUGUGAUCCUGUAAACCCAGGAGGAGCCUGACGGGCACUCAGGCCACCCUGAACACUGAUGUAGAGUUUUUAGGAAUGGGGACGACCUGCUGGUCCGCAGAAUUUAAACAAAAAUAAGUAAAAAACACGGCCUGGAAGCUACAGAGAUGUGCAUGUUUAAAGAACCUGGCCACCUUUGGGGGAAUCAGAUGAUCUGCAUUGCAAGGCAAAAGAUCUGAAGUCUGUAGAGUUGCCUAGAAAGAGAAAAACAAAAACAAAAAAAAAAACCCAUGUAAAGAAUAAAUCUGUGUCACUUUUCUGCUCACAAAAUUGUUCGAUUGUUCCAUAUUUAAAGCACCAGAGCUGUGCUAAGCAAAGUUAACUGCUAAGGAUGUGUAUAACCUUCUUGGAAUGAUAUUGUUGGUUUCUUUCCAAGCUAAUAUUUUUGAUUUAAGUUGUCAGAUAUAUAGCAGACAGGUUAGGUGGCUGUGCUGUUACUCAAUGUUUGGUCUUGUGCUUUUUCAUUUCUGGCCGUAGCGUAGCAGGGGUGGGUCCAGGGGACACCAGCAGCUCUGUGUCCCCAGCAAACCCCACUUUUUACCAUUCUCUCUAUGGUUAGCUUUGGUUCUGCAAGUAAAAGUGGUUCCUGUGUCGUGCUUGGUGCUUCCUAGCCCUGUGAUGACAUUCAGUGGUAGUGCAUGAGAGUUUAAUUCCGUUCAUCCGCUCCAGACUUUUCUUUUCCAGCGUUUGGCACCACGUGCUGGUGGAAGAAGCCGUAGGGAGGGAACAGAGGCGAUUCUGAAAGCAAAGAGAGCUCCUGAGAUGCCUUAGACGUGCCUGAAAUGCCUCCUGCCACAGGGCAGGUGCCAGCCCGGGUGCAGGGCGAGCCAGAAAUCCGAAAAUCAAAGUCGACCGCUUCUUUCCGGGUCUUUCCUUUCUCCUACACCUCUGUGCCUCUGCUCUCCUCGCUUGGUCCUGCUCUUUUCCCAGUUCCUGGUAGCACUUCCUUCCCUUGGGGCUGGUCUGGAAUGUUGCUGGGAUGCUGCUCAGUGGUGGGAUGCUGCUUCAGGGUGGGAUUCUGCUCCGUGGUGGGAUGCUGCUCCUUGGUGGGAUACAGCCCCAUGGUGGAGUGCUACUCCAAAAUGGGAUGCUGCACCUCCAUGGACUGCUGCUUCUCCAUGGACUGCUGCUUCUCCAUGGAAUGCUGCUCCAUGGUGGGAUUCUGCUCCGUGGUGGAAUGCUACUCCAAAAUGGGAUGCCGCAUCCUCCAUGGUGGGAUACAGCCCCACAGUGGAAUGCUGCUCCAAAAUGGGAUUCUGCUCCAUGGUGGGAUGCUGCUCCUCCAUGGGAUGCUGCUCCACCAUGGAAUGUUGCUCCUCCAUGGACUGCUUCUCCAUGGUGGGAUUCUGUUCCUCCAUGAAAUGCUACUCCAUGGUGAGAUUCUGCUUCAUGGCGGGAUGCUGCUCCUCCAUGGAAUGCUGCUCCACCAUGGGAUGCUGCUCCUCCAUGGAAUGUUGCUCCUCCAUGGAAUGUUGCUCCACCAUGGGAUGCUUCUCCUCCAUGGGAUGCUUGUCCUCCAUGGAAUGCUUCUCCUCCAUGGGAUGCUGCUCCAUGGUGGGAUGCUCCUCCUCCAUGGGAUGCUGUCCCACCAUGGGAUGCUGCCCUACAUUGGGAUGUUCCUGCCCCUUCCUGCCCCCACCUCCCCUCCCAUUCCCACUGUCCCCUCCCCACGUUGGGAAGGGCCAGGGGAGCAGCCCUGGGAGCUGUGGGGCUGCCCCUUCCCAGAGGUGCCUGAUUCCCUGUUUACACACAGCCUGGGCUCCUGCCAGGCUGGGCAGUGAUUCCCAGGUCUGCUUCAUCUGCUCCCAGCUCUCGGGGGACACACGCCACCUUUCUGGGCUCCUCCUCGGGCCCAUGCUUCUGUGGAUGUGGCUUGUCUCUCCUUUCUGCUGCUAAACACCUCCUGGCUUUCCCCUGCUCAUCUGUCCUUUGGGAAACUUUGGGAACCAUCCCUUUGGGAAUUAUCCCUUUGGGAACCAUCCCUUUGGGAACCAUCCCUUUGGGCACCAUCACUUUGGGAACCAUCACUUUGGGAAUCAUCCCUUUGGGAAUCAUCCCUUUGGGAACCAUCACUUUGGGAAUCAUAAUGUGGGGAUUUAUGUACAAAAUGAGCUGGGGGUCACAAAGGGGUUUUUAGGGGUCUGUGGUGACCCUGCUGAAGCAGUUCUGAAUCAGGUGUGAGAGCUUUUAAAAAUCCCUGUGGAUCUGGGAGGGGAAAAGUCUUUAGGUACCUUUUGGUAACUCUUUCUAGCCCGUAAAAAAAAGUGCUUUUUGGUUUUUGUACCUUUUCAUACUCUUUUUCUAGUUCUUCUAUGGAGAAGGCCAGUUCUUCUCACACUGGACUCCAAACUUUUGGCACCUGGGAAUGUUUGUAAGCCACAAGUAACCUAGAUGGUCCCAGCCCCCUGUAAUUCCCCCAAUUUUGAUCUUUUUACUACAGCUCCCAUAGCUUUUGGAUGAAGGGUGGAUGAAGUGGUUUGCUCUGCAGCUGGUUUCACUCUUGGUGUUACCAGGCAGAGAUGUAAAAACCCCAUCCUGAGUUUUGUCUUUUCUUCUUAAUCUGAUUUAUUGUCACAGAGAGUGAAGUGCAGCCGGUCUGACCCGGGGCUCCCACCCCACCCUUUCUCAAACAUUGUCACAAAAGUGGUUUGUAAUAAUUUUUUUAACGACUUGCCUAUUUUACAACUCGAAUUCUUAAUACCUUAGAGGACAAAAUAAACCUGCAUGAAUAUGGGGGAGCGGGGAGGGGGAGAUUUUGAAUUAACGCAAACUAUUCAUUGAAGGUGUUUUACGUUGCUGGGCUUGAUUUUUCUGUUGGUUGUAGUGUUGCCAUUGGUGUGCUGCCAGGUAUUUCACCCCAGUAUUUCUAUUUACCCAGAUCUGCCUUUGUUAGCCAAGCAGAGAUCUCCUGCCAAGGUUGUUUCCCCUCCUCACAACAAAAAUCCCAGCCAUCCCUCCAUCCCCAUGCUGGAUUUCCAGCCUGGCCUCAAACGACAUUCCACUACCCCCAGGCUUUUAAAGAAAAAAAAAUAUCUGGAGUACUGAAAAAAAGGACUUUUAUUGUCUGCAAAGGUUGCUGGUGGCAAUUCUGUCCCAUGGGUUGUCACCCUGCCAGCAGCAGGAUUUUGGGGAGGGGGUGGCUGUAGGUGAAAGCCAGUCGUGGUGUAGCGCAUCCCCAUCCCACAUGGUCUGUGUACUCGUUGGAAAUAAACUUUUGGAUUUGUUUCAA